UAAUCUUCCAUUGUGGCCUUUAUUCAAACACAUUUGUGUUUAAACAAAUUCUAGUAGAAUUUAAAUUGGUGUGUUUCCCCAAUUGAACACUCCCUUCAGCUGAGCGAUCAGUCCCACUCCGUUCCCCGCUAUGCUGCGCCUCCUAAGCCGCAAGCCUGCGGCGUAUUUUAGCCACGGCCGCCGCUUCCAACAUUCAGCUACCGCCCCGCUACUGAAGGAAACCGGCCUCUAUGGAUUCGACCACUUGAAAACCGCCAAAGGCUUCCAACGCAUGGUCGACGACGCCGUUGAGCGGUCUAAUGAACUUGUUAAUUAUAUCUCUGGAAUGCCUCCAGCUCCUGAAAUCAUCAAAGCAAUGGAUGAAAUAUCUGAUGCGGUUUGCACAGUGAUAGACUCUGCAGAAUUGUGUAGGCAUACUCAUCCAGAUAGAGAAUUUGUUCGGGAGGCAAACGAGGCAUCUCUGCGUUUAAAUGAAUAUCUACAUUAUCUUAACUCGAAUCCUAGUUUAUACAAUGCAAUUGUAAGAGCUGAACAAAAUCAUCACUUGCUUACUGAAGAGGCUCUAAGGGCUGCCCGUCAUCUACGCACUGACUUAGAGAAGGGUGGAAUUCACCUCAGCCCUGAAAAAUUGGAUCGAGUUAAUCAGCUUAAUAUCGACAUACUCCAACUUUGCAGAGAGUUCAAUGAAAAUAUCAUCACUGACCCAGGUCGUGUUGAUAUAUUUCCUGUUUCACGUAUCCCGAAGCAAUUACACCAUCUUACUAAGGCCAUAUAUCGCCCUUCUUCGUUUUCUCCAACGACAACAGUAGGAACAGGCUCUAAUAUUAAAGAGAAAGGACUGCGUCUGACGACAGAACCUAACAGUCUGUGUUCGAUUUUGCAGCUGGUAUCUGACAAUGAGGUUAGGAAACUCGCAUACAUUGCUGGAAAUUCUGCACCACGUGCAAACCUUGUAGUCCUCGAUAAGCUUCUUUCAGCACGUCACGAGCUUUCUGAGGUCUUGGGUUAUAAAACUUAUUCUGAAUUUGCUCUGAAAGGGAAUAUGGCUUCAUCACCUGAAGUUGUUGUAUCUUUUCUGCAUGAAAUGAGUAAAAUGGUCAGGCCCAAGGCUGAGGAGGAGUUUAAGAAGAUUUUGGAUUUUAAGAGGGGAAGAAUAGGACAAUCUGUUGAAGACUUGGAGCCAUGGGAUGAGGCAUAUUUCACUAGAAUGAUGAAGUCCAAUGCGCACAAUCUGGAUUACUCAACUGUUGCAUCUUUUUUUUCUUUGCCACAAUGUAUUGAGGGGUUAAAAUUUCUGUCUGAGUCACUAUUUGGUGUGAAAUUCCGCAAGAUUCCUCUUUGCCCUGGUGAAUCAUGGCAUCCAGAUGUUCUGAAACUAUCUAUACAUCAUCCUGAUGAGGGGGACUUAGGGUGUUUGUACCUUGAUUUGAAAUCAAGAAAGGGAAAGCAUCCUAUUUGUGCACAUUUUGCUAUCAAAGGGGGUAGAAAAAUCUCUGAUACAGACUACCAGAUACCAGUAGUAGCCCUAGUUUGCAAUUUCUCAGGUUCAAAUUUCCAGUCUGUGAGGCUUCACCAUUCUGAUGUAGAAACUCUAUUUCAUGAGUUUGGACAUGCGCUUCACUCGUUGCUUUCAAGGACAGAUUACCAACAUUUUUCAGGGACCAGGGUGGCGCUUGAUUUUGCUGAAACGCCUUCAAAUCUCCUCGAGUACUAUGCAUGGGACUAUCGGUUCUUGAGGACAUUUUCCAAGCAUUAUUCAACUGGUGAUCCAAUACCAGAAAACAUGGUAAAAUCACUGCUUGGAGCUAAAAACAUGUUUGCUGCGACUGAGUUGCAACGCCAGGUCUUCUAUGCAUUGGUUGAUCAAGAACUUCAUACUCAGCUGCCAUCCUCACCUAAAGACUCAAUAUCUAUAGUAGCUGAUUUAAAAAGAGAGCAUAUGUGUUGGGGGUAUGUGGAAGGGACAUGUUGGCAUACCCGAUUCAGUCAUCUUGUUAGCUAUGGUGCAGGCUACUACAGCUACUUGUUCGCGAAAUGCUUCGCUGCCACCAUCUGGCAAAAAGUAUUGCACGAAGACCCGCUGUCGCCAGAUGCAGGGUCUGCCCUUCGUUUCAAAUUGUUGCGGCAUGGUGGAGCAAAAGACCCGGCCAUCAUAUUGAACGAUCUUGUUGGAGAGAGUAGUGCGAUAAGGAAUCAGAAUGGAGGACUCAUCCCGGACAUUACUAGCCUGGCUGAGGAGCUCACACUAUUCAACUAGAGCUUGUUUUCCUCCCAAAACGAGAUGAAAGUAAAUUAGGGGCCAAUUUUGGAGGGAGGCAAACAAUUUUGAGGCAUUCUUCUCUCUUAUCCUUCAUCAUUCUUCUGUUUAAAUUGUUAAUCUGUUGGUCUCUUGAAAUUUAUGCAUAAGUUCAAUUCUAUGCAUAUAAUUAAAUGUGUUUUAGUGGUAGGAAUUUAAUUGAAUGCAUAUGUAUUAUUUGUUGGGAUCAUUGUCUAAUAACCUUGAGCAAUGGUUACCAGUCUAUACCAUAUGCCAAAUUUUGUUUUGUUUCA